AUGUCAGGCGAUAUCAGGGCUGCAGUGUCUGCGCUGCAGAAGGCAACGAAAAGGCAGCGGAAGAAAGACAUCCUGGCCGGCGUCGAGAGCUUGCAGGCUUCCCUGCCGCUACUGGAUUUGUCGAGUCCCAGCGAUGCGUCUCUCCGAAAGCUCUUAGAGCACUUACGUGCACCUCUACUCCCAUUGUAUGCAGACCACACGGAAGCAAUGCUCGACUACUGCCGCGCGGUGCUCGUCUACAUCAGCGACAAGAAGAUCGGGGCCUUCACCGGACCAGGGAAGGAUGAAUUGAGGGAAUCGUGGGAGCCAGUGCUGGACUCCUUACUGAAUGGUGUCAUCGAUUUCUUGGAGAACAGCACGAAGAAGACAGACGGCAAGUACCAGAUCAAGGCUGCUAUAGGCGACAAGCUGUACUCCACACUUUGUCGGUUAUACUUCCCGGACGAGAAGGACGACAUCGUUACUGCAGGGCCCAGCUUGCUGUCUGCGGUGUAUAUGCUGAUGAGUGACGCGGCGAUAAGGCAUUCGGACAACAGACGUCGGCUGCGCUCGUCUGAAUUCCUAGGACCGAAACGUAUCGGCUGGAUGUUGGCGCAGACGAAGGAAUUCGUUGUGAUCGAACACCUGCUCGAAGUCUUCGCCACGGCCCUACCAUCGUCCAAGGAUCAAGGUGGACAGACGCGUCAAAAGUACAUCGAGGACGUGUUCGACCCCGCUCUCUUCCGCUGUCAUGACGAAGCGAUCAACAUAUUGGCGAAUAUGCGUUCCGCAGAUUGGAGCGAGACGUCGCCGCAUAUCAUGGCAACUCUUGCCGAAGGCAGCCUGACCUAUCCUCAACCGUUUGACGUCUCUGGCUUUCUCGUGGGUGACGCGACGGAGCAGCUGGACCACGGCAAGUUGUAUGUCGACGACAAGGGGUUCUAUGCGAACGUCGAACAGGAUGAUGCCUUCGACCACCUCCGCGCACCCUAUCGAACGGUCGUCGACAUCCGCAUCACGUCGACCAAGGAUAACGCGAAUAGCGUCCGCGUCGCUCUGCAAACCCCUCCGCUGCUCGGCAAGGAGCCUUACUCGAUGGAGAAAGCAGGCAGCAGGUUCGACCUCAAGUUCAGGAUCAAGGCGAGGGAUGCGGAUAGGUUCAAGAAGGCGCUGAAAGCGCGCGGUUUGGCAAGUGUUCAUUUGAUGGGGAACAAGGUUCUUGCUGCUGACAAGCGGAUGUCGACUGCUACAAUCGUCGUCGAGUUCGACAAGGAUAUAGAGGAGCCUAUGCCAUCUACGCAGAGCAAAGUCAAGAUGGUCGAGGAAGUUUGGAACAGUUCCACCGUCGACGGCGCGAUCGUGAUAGAGCCCACUUCGCCGCUCAUGAACGAGUCCGACGAGCCGCUGCCUUUGCCGCCACCGCCAACGAAGUCGAUCGCGCAGCCUCCGCCAAAGCCAAUGUCGCAUCUUCCUCCCGAGUCGAGCGCGCCUUCUCCCCCGAGAUCGACUGCUCCGACAAAGGCGACCCGCCCGAAGCCGAGGGCCAAGCCCGCGCGCCGGGAGGAGGGCGAGUCGGACAAGGAUCCCUUCAUCAUCAAUCGCAAGCGAAUGCGCGUGCCGGACUCGGAGGAUGAUGAUGAGGUGGCCGAGGCAAAGAAGUCGAGGACGGAUGCUACUGAGGGUGUGACUGCGAAGCAGAGGGAGGCGAAGGGGAAUGCGGUGAAGGAAGGCGUGAAGGCGAAGAAUGCAAAAGCGGCGAUCAAUACGAAAGAGGCCAGCAAAGGCCCGCUGCGGGACAAGAAACGGCCUCCGCCCGAGAGCGACAUACAGGCGCCUGCGUCAACCGAAGAGCCCACUCCUCCCGCCAAGCGUACGCGACUUUCUGCCAAAGAUGCUCCUGCAGGCAAGGAGAACCCGGCAAAUGGAAAGACGAUCAACCGCUCGAAGACGGCGAUGCGCGAGAUCUUUACCGCUCACAAGCCUGACAAGCCGAUCCGCGUAGCUAAGCGCUACGGUAAGGCUGGGCGAUCGUCGAGUCCUGGGCGCAAGAGCGGCAGAGCGUCGAGCCCGGCGCAGACGGCCACGACCGCACACCCCACGAGCGACUUUGACUUCAUUCCGGGCAGUGAGGCGACGACGAAGAAGCCUGCGGUGAAGGAGGCGAUGAAGAAGAAGGAGGCGGCGACCAAGGCGAAGGCUGGUAAAUUGGCGAAGGAAAAUAAGGCGAAGGCGACGUUGGGGAGCAAAGCGAAAGCGGCGGCGGAGAGCAAGGCGAAGACUGAGAAGAAGAUGGAGGCGAAGAAGAAGGUUGCGGCGACGAUGAAGGAGAAGGAGCCCUCUUCGACGUCCGCUCUUUCGUCUGAUCCCAUUGAAGAUGACGAAGUCGUCAAACCCGCGAAGGGUAGGGACUCUACCAUCGCUCCUGUCAGGAAGGGCGUUAGCGCUACAAAGACGGCCGAAGCUGCCCCUGCGCGACGUGCUCUGCGCGAUGAAGAUGCGGAGGAGUCUGACAACUUUGAUGAGAUUCCGAAGAAGACCUCAGUUAUGAAAGUCGCCAAGACGCCCUGGGAGGACGUCAAGUCGAAGCUAAGGACUCCGGCGAAAUCCAAGGACAAGUCGAGGACCUCGAAGCUUCUCGCUGCUAUGAACAACAACCUAUCGUCGCCUAUCUUCGGCGGCUUCGACGAACCCUUGACACCGAUUGACGAGUCCGAUACGGAGGCCUACGUGAACUUCGUCCAGGAUUUGCCCCUUGCUACUACUUCCGAUGCUGAUCUCGCUUCCUCUCGCGCCUUGGACUCGGCUGCUGACUCCCGCUCACCUGUGCAUAUUGACCUUACGACUGACACUCCACGGACUACCAAGGCUGAAAAGAGCAAAACGCGAGCGUCAAGCGCCUCAACUCACCGACGUGCUUUCGAGACAACUGAUGACAAGCCUGCGCCUACUACGUCUACCGAUGUUCUCAAAGAUUCUCGACGCUCGACCGCCAACCGUUCCGCUCCGAAGACUCAGGAGGGUCCUGCAACCCACGCGAAGGAGACGAUCACGAAAGCGCUUUCUUCCGCCGUUCGCCCUCAGUCACACAUCAAGACCUCGCUUCCUGUUUACAGUCACGAACUCGCUCGCUCGUCCGAUGUCGAUGAACUUCGCGCAGACAAACACGACGCUCCUCACUCGCGAACCACCAAGCAGCAAGUCAAACCAGUUGACAUCGUUUCUACCGAUGCUAUGCCUCCUCCGCGGAUGCCUGUUCGUUCUAAGAUACCGGAAAAUAAUGUCUUCGCCUCGUCUUCUCCGCAUCGCCUGGACCGCCGUACGUCUGGAAGCACGACCCUCGUCAACGACUCUGCUCGAACCUUGCAUUCUAUCUUGCGCUCUACGGGUAUCUCGAACAGCGCUAAGCGUCUGGCUGGCUCUGGCUUGUCGACUUCGAAGAAUACGAAGGCUGGGAUGUGGCCGGGUACCCCCUCCCCGCCUGAAAACCUGCAGCGUCGAAAGUCUCACGAGGCAGGUCGGAUGGCUCGACGCGACUACAUCGUGCCUGGGACGCCAGCUGUGCGCGCAUCUCCCUUGGUGGAGAAGGCUACACGAGACGUACUUUUACCGCGUUCGGGCAAGCCGUACAUUAGGCCUGAGACUACCAAAUCACGGACGUACGCUGGUAUCGAGGAUAUCAUCGAGGUGUUGAACGAUAUACACGAAGUCAUCAUUGACAAGGUAUCGGGCCGCUUCGUCAACGUUAAGAAAGACGUCCGCCUCGGCAGGUACGCAAUGCUCAAGGACGCUGCCGACGACUUCCGUGCUAUGCAACAAGAGAGCCGCGAGCAUUACGAGGCAAUCUUUGGUUUGCAGGAGGAGUAUGCGGACCACUGUCGUACGAUGGUUGACAGUUGGGGUGGCUUGCAUCAGGCUGGACGUGACUUGACGAAGGGCAUCGCGGGGGUGGUCCAGCGCCAUGACCGCGGCAGCUUGGUGGUGAAGUUUCCGACAUCCCUGGUUCCGGCUCUGCCGGCGUCCUUGAAAUCGUAG